UCUGUAAAACUUUCCACCUUAUCUGUAAACUACAUAUUUUACAGUUUUUGAUGAUUUUUUUUCUGUUCAUCCAAUAAAAUUAUCUUGAAAAAUGUUUAUGCGAUUAAUGUUUGUUUAGAUAUUGAAUUGAAGGUAAAGCAGCAUAUAUCAAACAUGGUGAAAUUUACAUUUAAAUUCCCAUUAAGUGGGUUAUUGAAGCUUAAUUUUGGUAAAUUCAAUUAUCAAUUAGAACAAGAUAUUCGUACCAAAUUAGAUUCUUUACCAUCUGUUACCAAAAUUUAUACUAAUCCAGAUGGAACUCCAAGAGUACCCACCGAUCAAGAAUUCAAAGUGAUCUCUGAAUUACAAAACUUAUACUAUAAAAGAAAUCAUUCCGAAUGGAACUUCAUAUUACCAGGUAUCCCAAGAGAACAAUUAGAUUUACAUAAAGAUAAUACUCAAGAUUUAACCAACUUUCAAUUUGUUACCAAAGAUGCUGGUAAAAUCAUUGAUAAAAUCCCUUAUAAAGAUGAAACUACUGGAGAGUUGAAAUGGAAGAUUGUUCGUGAAACUGAAAAGGCUGAAGGAUGGGAAUUUCCUUAUUUCUAUUUGGUAUUACCAAUAUUUGCAUAUGUAGCUUAUGCUAAAUAUACUGCUCAAAUGAAGAGAAGAGAAAAUGAAGGUCCAGAAUGGGCUGAAAAGGAAUUAAGAUUAAGAGCUAUGGAAGAAUAUUUCCAUGGUGAUACUGCUAAAGCCAAGGAAUUCUUAAGCAAUGAAGGUAAAUCAACAAGAGAAAUUAGAGAUAGAGAUGAUUUAGUUAUUGCAAGAAUCUUAGCUGGUGAUUAUGAUAAAUUAUCUCAAUUAAAGAAGAAAUUACCAGUUGAUUUGAUUCCAAAAGCCGAAGCUCAUCCAAUCAUUAAAGUUUAAAUAGACUAAACCCAUUCAUCAAUAGUAUUAUUAAUGCCUUCAUCAUCAUUUUUCAUUUUUAUAUAAAAACAUAUAUAAAGUAA